AUGUCUCCGAAGGGUAAUGCACUUGUAGUUGAAGCGCGUCGGGCACGCGCUAAUGCGGCCGGCGACGCGAAAGCAAGCGCCCCCAAACCCAAUGCUAAUUCUACGAUCGACCCGACGUAAAUUUAGUUUAGUUAGGAUCGACCGUCCGCCACAUGUGCCCUUGUUUCCUUUUCCCAGUUUUUCUUUCAUUUGCCAUUCCCUUUCCUCCUCUCUCGCGUUUCCCAUUUCCUUCCCUUCCCUCCUCCCGAUCUACAGCGGCGCCGCCGGGAGGCGGCUCGAGCGCUGCCGACGGCGCACUCCGCCGCGAACGUCCAGCGGUUACCCCCCACACCCAACCUCUUCCUCUCGUUUCCUAUCCAUUUAUUCCUCCAUUGUCUUCCCUCACCUAGGUUUUCCUGGCGCCGCCAAGAGCUGAGUCGAUCCGCGCCCAUCGUUCGUUGCUGCUCGCCGAGGAGGCGGCUCGGGCUCGACCUCGACACGCUCCAGUGCUGGAAACGGAGACGGAGCUGGGGAUGGCGUGGAUCCCACAGAAGCGAAGGCGGAUGUGACAAGCUUCGACCGCGAGAGGGCGAUGCGAUGCGAGCGGGCCGCUUCCUACGAGCUGUGGUCGGAGCACGGCGUUGUAGGCGGCGGAUCCUGCAGUGAUGGUUGUUCCGACUCUAUGCGCAGUGCUUAUGGCUGGAUCAGGCAGCAGACACGGUGGUAGCUUGGCAGGCCAACGCUGAGCCGCUUACGCAACAAGCAAGGGACCCCAGACAUUUGCUAGCAUACUACACUUGCGAUUCGUGAGCCUUCCACCUCGUUGUCUUUUUUGUUCCCCAUGCCUAAUGCAUUUCUGAUCUCUGUGUUGUUGGCAGGGGAGGUGUGCAAGGCUGUCAUUGAUGGAUUCAAGUAAGUUUUUGGUUUGCCCGUCAAAUGAUUGAUGAAUUGCCUAUGUGGGGCACUGACGCACCAUCUAUGUUAUCAGUUUCAAAGUUGAUAUACUAGAGUCUAUAAAUCUGUGUGGUACAUUUAGCACCGAGUUCGCAAUGAACUGUUGGAUGUUUGGUCAAGCAGAAGGAAAUAUGAGGAUGACAAUGAUUCAUUUGAUGAGUCCUUAGGGGGGAUGAUCAAGGUGUAUCUGGUGGCAGAGGACAAGGUCAUAAAGGUCACGCCGCCGAACGCGCGCACCGCGAAGCCGGCAUCCGAGGUGUUCUUCAGCUACAACGCGACGCCGGGGAGGUCCGAGGAGAUCGUCGGCCUGUCGGUCACCGGCAGCUACUCGUCCCUCUUCCUCACCAUCAAGAACCUGGGGCUUUUCGUCUUCUCGCUGGAGGGCGACCUCCAGUGGAGCCUUGGGCCCGUGCUCGAUUGGUUCGGCUACCGUCUUGGCUGCAAGGGGAACAUCUCCGUCUGCUACUUCGAUUCAGCUCCUGUCCUUGAUCACUCUGCGGGCGCCCUUUAUAUAUUGAACACUGAAGGCCUGCUCUAUUCCUUCAACUUUCAAAGUCACGCGUUGAGGUGGAUCCAGGACUUGACCUCACUUGACAAAGUGAUGACGGUUGUGCCGGGGAGCAAUCGGUGCCUAUACAUUGUCUUUCCACGGAAGUCUAUUGUGGUGGGGCUGGAUGUUUCCACAGGAAACGUUUCUUGGAAGCAGAGUAUUGGUCCACUAAGUAAUGAGAAAAGUUUUCCAACUGUAGAUAACAACGGUUGGAUGUCGAUUGGCUCACUAGAUGGGAUCCUCUAUUCAAUAUCUCCUGAUGGUGACAUGAGAAAACUUUUUGAAGAAACAGCACUUGAUUCAGUGAUCCCUGUUGAUCCAGUUCUUGACUGCUCAGGGUUUUCCAUGUAUGUCGCUAAGACCAUAGUGGAAGGAAAAUUAAUCUGGACAACUGGUGAAUAUGCCUCUGUAUCGGUGAUGAAGCCAUCACGCAUUUUGGUAACUUUGCUGGAUCCAGCGAAUGGAACAAUCUACUGGACUGGAGAGUAUCCUGGGGAAUUAUCAAAUUUCAUGUCCAGUGACCUGAAUGACUUCGCGGUAGAUGAGACUAUUCUUCUCACUCUUCUAUCUGCAUCAAGGUUCGGCAACGCAACGCAGUGCGACACGAAAAGACAAACAAUUGCUUGGACUUGCAGGCAAGCUAAAACCAAGUCUGCGCAAGCUGAUCCAGGUGAAAAUAACAUUGUUCUUCUUCUGCCGUUGGUCUUCCUACUCAUCAUAAUUGUAAUACAAGCCGAAGCCUUUUGUUUUUGUUGCAUCUUUUGGAGGAAGAAAAAGCUCCGAGGCAAAGGCUUGCAGAAGUUCCUGGAGAAGCGGCGCUCCCUUCAGAGUAAGAAGAAAGGUUUGGGCAAGAUGAUCUCAGAGCUUGAGCAGCAGGCAGCAGAAGACGCCGCUUCGAAUGAAACUUUGGGAGAGCUGGGCGAAAUGGUGAGAGCAAAGGAAGGCGUGGAGAGGAAGCUGUACGCAUCAUACAGCCUGGGCAGGGACAGGCUCGGCUUGAAGCAAGGCUCCCCCAUGUUGCCACUGUAUCAUGGCAAGUACAAGAGCCAUUCCUUCCACAGCUCACCGGACGAGAGCAUUCAUGUUUUCAACAUUCCGAGUGAUACCUCUACCAGCAGCUCUGACGAUAGCGAGAGUAGUUCUACUAGCUCCGAAGGUACGGAUAUCGACGAGAGAUUGAAGUCGGUAGAAGAGGCUGGACCUUCCAACACUGCUAACAUCGCAGAGAGAGUUCAGGAAGAAUGCCCCUCAGAUGUGGAAUCCCCAUUUCAUGUUUUCACGAACCCUUCGUUCGUUGAGGAGCAAUGCACAGGAAGCAGUGGCAAUGCCUUAUCACAGAAGGAAGAACGGAUGGAAACAGUAAAGGAUUUUAUCUCCAUCAAGAGACUUUCGCUGAAGAGGAGGCGAACUUCUUCAACUAACUGAAGUACCUUGACAAUUCCGUAUAUGAUGGCAGUGUUAAUUACGACUUGGAACUUGAUACAAUGUAAAUCUUCAAUCUUUACUGCUGCUGAGUCUUUCCAGCAUUAGUUUGGAUUCAUUAUGCAGAGUAGCCAUGUUCCAAAAAAUCAGGAUUUUCGUUGUUAUAUUGUGUGUAGGUUGAUACUGAAGUGCAUACGACCCCCAUUCAGAUA